GUGUCCGCUAAGAAGACAGAACUAUGAUUAUGGCAUACACCUCCUCACAGUUUUGUACCAUGAAUCUUGGAAAACUGAGAUGUGGGAGAGUGAGAAGACUGAGGAAGACAUGGAAGAGUACGUCUGGGAAAAUAGCUCCUCUCAGAAAAAUGCCUUGGAUACGCUACUUCGAAUAAAAGCCUCAGAGAAUGUCAGUAAUGUAACUAAGGAAGAGCUUCUUGCAUCUGAAGUGGUUAAGAAUUACAGAAACUCUGUAAUUGCACUUAAAAAUGAAGGUGAAACGGAAAAUAACAUGUCUCAGUAUAAGGAAUCGGUGAAGAAACUAUUGAAUAUACAAGCAUUACCGUGA